AUGGUGGUCUUCGAGCGUCGGAAAGAGUUUACGCUCGCCUUGGGCGCCGGCGCCACCUUGUUGUUGGCAGCCAAGCUUUGGCUCCGGAAGCGCGUUUCGGCUCGUGACCGGUUCGAGGAGGUGCCAAACUCCUGGUUUCACAGCGUCCAGUCACAGCUUGGCCCGGCGAACCGGCGUGUGGUGGAGAAGCUGGAGGAGUGGUCGGAGAAGCAUGGCAAGGAGGGCUUCUUCGAGAUGAAUCUGGCUGGUUCUCGCAUCCUGGUCUGCUGCACCUGGGAGAAGGCCCAGCCCAUCCUCGCUCUACGCCCUUACAAGAUGAUUCAGAGCUCUACGCUGUCCAAGUGCGAGGACAUUUUGGCAGGCCUGGUCUUUUCUGAAGGGAAGAAGUGGCAGCGUGAGCGUCGACUGAUUGCUCCAGUUUUCAAUGCCAAGAACAUGGAGAGUUACAUUCCUGCUGUCGAGCACGUCACACAGCAACUCCUGACCGAACUGGACAAAGACAUGUCUGCACAGGGGUCGGCCAACCUCACCGAGCUGCUGUUAUUUUUUGGUGCUGAUGUGUUUAGCAAGACAUCCCUUGGGGAGGACUUGAGGGCCUUGGAGAGUCGCACAUGUAAAGUUUUCGCAGACGUAAAAGCUCUUUCCCUGGCAUUCCGGCGACGGCUCAUGUGGAGGCUGCCUUACUGGAAGAUUCCUUGGCUCGCACGCUGGAUUGACAGCGGUGCAGAUGCCUCGGAGCGCAUGCACGAAACACUGGAGGAGACUAUGCGAAAGGCGAGAGCUUCAGGCAACACGAAAAGCACCAUUGGGCAGAAGCUGACAGAGAUGGUGGGUGACAGGUUCAGUCGUAGGGAGCUGCUGGACAACUUGACACUGCUGUUCAUGGGAGGGGCAGAAACGACGAGCACCGUCUUAGGCUGGGCCUUCUAUCAUCUGGCGAGGGACCAGGAGCUCCAGGAGCAAGUGGCCAAAGAGGUCACAGACCUUCCGCUUCCGGAUGGGACGACGUUCCUCUCUUUCGCUCAGCUGAAGUCUUUGCUAUGGGUACAGGCGGUGUGGUUAGAAGCCCUCCGCUGCCACGGACCAGCUGGUUACAUGCCUCUGGAAGCCGCCGAGCAGCUCACACUUCUGGGUCGCAAGGUGCCGGCAGGAACAUCCGUCUGGAUCGCAACGCGCAACAUUCUCAUGAACGACCCGGAGGUCACAAAGAGGCUUGGGGAUGACUUGCACCUCUAUCGUCCCUCCCGUUGGCUUGGGAAGGAGGGUAUCUUCGACUUCGCCCCCUUUAACGACCUGGGCUAUGGACAUGGACCCCGGAUCUGCGUCGGCAUGCCGCUAGCCAACUACGAGGCCCAACUCGUCAUCGCCCGGGUGAUCCAGCUCUUUGUCCUCGACUGGGGGAAGAAGGCGCCACUCGAGCAGUUUACCUACGGCAUCACCUGCAACAUGCCUUCCGAAGCCGUCUCCAUCAACCUCCGCCACCGCAAUUAA